GUCAUGGACGAGAGCAGCACCUCAUCGACGACGCUCGCACAGCUCAAGAGCGGGGACUACUUCGGCGAGAGAUCGCUGCUCGUGGACGACGAGCCCCGCACGGCCACCAUCACCGCCCUCACGGCGCUGGCGGCGUACAAGAUCUCGCGGGCGGCGUUCCAGGACAAUUUGAACCUGCACAACAAGCUUCAGUUCGCCAACCGCAAAGCAGUGGGCGGCCAAGACAAGGGCAAGGUGGAAACGAAGGAACCGCGCCUUCCAAGAAGACAGAUGCCGACGAAAAGCUGA